CUGUGAUGUUGCUAACUGGACUUGGUCACACUGCCAAUUUGCAUCAGCCGCCUUACCACGAAAUUGCGCUGAAUUAUAAUUAUUAUCGAGUGCUUACUACCUAGGAGUGAUUACAUUGAGAAACCAGGACAAUGAGAACGGAGGCAGCGGUCAGUUGUUUCCUGUUGGUAUUGCACAGGGUAUGCUGUCAGAGCGGCAACGAUGAGUCCUGGCUGAGUCCGGAUCCCGCCUGGUCGGACCUGGUUAACGAUAUCAAUCAGCCCGGUGAAUUGUGCCAGUGUCCUACGUGUCCAGAUGUGUCUCCAGUGGCCAUGGAGGAUGCCGUGGCACUCACAUACUUCAAGAAGUUCGUCAAUCUGCUGUUCCAGCGCAAGCGUUUUCAGUACGAUGUUAUGUCGGCGGUCCAUAAGCGAUCGCUGCUCUUCUCCCUGAUCCCAUCGCAACUGGAUGAACUGGAGAGGGUGCAGGAUGCUCGGGAUUUGGACGUUUUGCUGACUAAGAUAUUGGAGAGUGCCGAGGAGGCUCCUUUGUUUAAUGGAAGAUCCGGAUGCUCAUACGUCCGACACGGCUUUUUCUCCUUAUUGGUGGAUAUUUUCAAGGAUGUAAUUGAACUGACGCAAACGACCGAGGUGAAAUUUAUCCUAUAUGCAACAUUAGCAAUUGCACUUGUCGUCAUUGUGCACAAACGUUUCCGUGUCGGACUAAUUUCAAUUGUACUAGGAGGCGUGUUUCUGUGCGGAUAUAUUCAGACUUAUUUAGAAUGCAACAGAGAAUUAGACAUCGAUAGGAUGAUAGAGGUCGUAAAUCAUCACCAUGAGCCUGAAUCGUCCUGGUUUGGUCGACUGUUAGGCUACAUAUACCAAGCCUCACCAAAAACUAAGAAGAUAGAAAUGAUCAAAAAAUCCGCAAAAAUCAGCAUUUCCAUUUGCAUGCCAGAUCAAGUGUUCUUUAUGUACAUGAAUAACAUAUUUAUCAAGCAGUUGGAAAUCAUGAUAGAAAAGGUGUCGGUAACUAUGACUAAACUGUCCUCCGGAUUAUCCUUCCCGUAUAACCUCCUUGCACCAGUCCUUUUGGUGUUUUUAGUGGGUUACACCAUAAAGCUGUGCUUUAAAUACAUUUUAAGCCCCCGAGCAUGGGCGUCACUUUUACACAAGCCAGCGCCACAAGGGACACCAACGAUUCACCAGUCCAUUAAUGCACGGGCGCCCGAAGGCGACUCCAUAUCGGGCGACAACUUAAAGAUGCUGCUAAAUGUAAUUAACGUGAGAAAUGUUCCAAAGGAGUCGCUACAGCGAAUUCCAGACGUUUCGGGCGUCCAAGAGCUAGAGGAAAAGCAGGAAGCUCCCACCACACCAUCGAAAAAAGAAAAUUUAGAUGAAAGCGAUUCCAGCAGCAAAAGCAAGAGCAAAAGCUGUGUAGCUGAAGAUGAAGGAUUCACGCUGGUCGACGAUCACGAGGAUAAUAACAUUGAUAAUGUGUAGCGGCCGCAAACAAACAAUUUGUAAUUUAAGUGUAAUGUCCGAGAUUUUUACCCAGUUUAUUAGAGACCAUUUAUGGUCGGCAAAUAAUUCAAUUUUUUCAUUUUUUGAUUUGUCAUAGUUAAAUUUUUAUUUAAAUUAUUUUGCAUGUACUUAAUCUCAUUUGCGCGAUAAGUGUUAUUAAGAUAAAUCUUCAACAAUAAGAUCUUUUAAGUAGGCCACGAAACUGUUUAUAUUUUGCUUGUUAUUAUUAUGAUGCCGGCCCUUCAAAAAAUCGGAUAUAAUUUUUAUAUGUAACUUGUUGAUCAUUUAUAUUUACAACUUGGCGCUCAGGCGAUUAUUAAUAAUAAUAUUAUUAGCAGUGGGCGCUCAUUUGUGAGUUGCGUAUUAAUUGAAUGUAAGCGAUAAUUAAAUAUUCGGUUUUCGAAUCUUGUAAAAUCUAAUUUAAUAUGUAUACAACUAAUAUAUUUAUAUAUCUAUGUAUAUAGAUCUAUAUAGUGUGUGUAUAUACUUGUAAGAAAAAAUUAGAAAAGAAUUUCGGUGUAAAUAUAUUUAUUCGUUGUAUUUUAAAUCAUGCACCUAAAAUGUAUUAUGUUUUGAUUACAAUUCAUUGUUAUUAUAAUUCGUAUGCAACUAAGUAACUUUACGCAUUAGUGAAGUGUACUGUAUGCAGAGAAUGUUAUCCAAUAUACGGCACAUACUGAAUAGUCAAAACCCAGUUUGCUGUUCACAAUUAAACGUACCUAAACCUAGUAAAACACCAAGCAGAACCCAAAGCACAGGCAGGCUAACUAGAAUUCUCAACUAAGGCUGGCAUAUCGUCGUAAUCGUCCAGGUCUAUGGCAAACCAAGAUAAUUUAUCUAAAUUGAUUUCACAAAUCUUAUACGCAAAUUGGUCCGCUAUCAUAAUCUUGAUUAAUAAUUUCUCUACUCGAAUUCAACAAUUUAUUUUGUUUUUGUUAAGAUCUAGUGGGUAAUGUCCCCCCAUCUGAUUUGUGUUGGCGGCUGUUCUACUUUUAUUUGUCCGGCACUGCUGGACGGCGGACCAGCAGCCAAAGUUACCAGUUUGAUGAGCAACAUCAUAAUUAAUGUAAUUACAUGCCCCUCUAUUUGGCUAAUUGGUAUAGCAGCGUUUAAAGCAUAUCAUUCACUUAGUCCGAUUGGUAAAAUUUAAAAAAACUUAUCCUCUUAAUAUCAAACAACAGCAAACUAUGCGAAACAAUUUGUUCAACUCCUACGCCUACGACUCUACGCACAAGCCAACUAACUAUUUAAAUAACGAAUACCACAAUUGGGAACGGUCUGUGUUAUGUUAUACGUACGUACGAUACAUCCAUCCAUACAUACAUAUAGAUAGAUAGGUAGGUGUUUUAAAAACAGGCAACUUAUAUCCCAUCUACGCUACUGCAAAAAGUGCACCAUAUGCUCUUCAAAUAUCCUUCGAUGUACGCGUUACUUGGCUCACACGAUGAAUGCGAAUGCAAUUGUACUUAAACGUGAUUCUGACUUAGGCUAACUCUCUGACUGAUCGAUCUGGCUACUACUGAGAAAGUUCAAGCUGCUCAAUAAAGUUCAGCAAAUAAGUGUAAAAUUGUACAUACAUAUUUAAUAUAAUAC